AUAAUAACUAUCUAGAUCUAGAGCUACCGGCAUCUUUGUGUAGUGUAGGGAUCUAGAUUUAGAUCGAAAACUUCUAGAUCUAAAUCUAGAUAAGUUAAAAAAUUUAUGCAGAAACUCUUAUUUAAAACUAGAUCUAAGAUAGCUCUAUUAUGUUUUUGUUAAUAAAAUAGGAUAUUGAACACAAAAAAAAACAACAAUAUAAUAUAAAUUAUAAUAUACUUUAAAAUUUAAAACCUAAAAAGCAGUAAAAAUGGCUCUUCAGAAAUUUAAAUUUAAGUGGAUUGAACAUUUUAAUUCAAUAUGGGUUGAAGAAGACUGUGAAAGUUUAACAUUAAAAGAUGAUCUGGAAAGCUUGUACCAGCGUUUGGUUGCCAAUAAAGAAAUAGUUUGUAUCCCACCUCAAGCAAUUUUCCUGAAAGGCCCUACACUUCCAGAUUUUAAUCCCAGCCAGGAAGGAUAUAAUCUUGAUGAACAAGAACAUCUACUGGACUCAUUGCUCUCUAAUCAACUUUUUUUGGCUGAAGUAGUCAGCAGUAACACACCAUUUGCUCAGAUUUUAAUGAAACGAGUAUUAGUCCUCCAGCGAAUGUAUUAUGCCAUAUCACAAAAAUAUCAUGCCAUUUUAGACAGCUCUACUGCACCGAUAGUAGCAACAUUGGAUUUAAAAAAGAUUCAAAGUCAAGAGCAUGCUGAGCCUUUAUCUCCUAUGGGCAGUGAUGCUCUUAUCAAAAUCUGUGUCAAGACAGGUCUUAGCAUGCUUUUCUCCUUGUUUCGACAAAACUGGGCAUUAGCUUCUUGUGCCGGACAGAUAUCUUACUGCAAUGAUGUCUUCAUUACAGCCUUAGAUGUAGUAUCUUCAUUACCACCUCUGUCUUUAGCAAAUGAAAAUAAAUUAACAUCAUUAGGCAAUGAAUCCUUAAGUUCAGUAACAAAGUUCCUCCGUCUGGCUGCCACACCUCAAUCAGGCGCUGACUUACAGGGGCAGCAGCUAGCUUCUCAACUCAUGUUAUCUAUCGCCAUGCAGCGAGGCUUGCUUCAUCAUCUGUUAGAUUGGGUGGAUCUAGCUCUGCGAGUCUCAGCUACUGCCCAGAGUGAAGCUAAGAAAGGCGUUGAAAAUAAAUAUGGUCUCAUAAAUGGCACAUUUUACAAAGCCUUGUUGGCUCAAAUGAUUGAAAAGACAUGUAGUGGAAAUUCAGGAAGAAUUUCAAGAACACCACUGACUGUCAACCAGGAUGGAAUGAUACCGAUGUUUGAAGCAGCCAUGUUUCUUCUGGAAGAGUUACACUGUGCUGCAGAUGAAUACACAAACACUGGUACUGGACCCAUAGAUUACAAUCCAUCAAGUUCUGUAGCAGCAGGAAACAAGUCCAAUCAGAGUAUCCCAGCAAGUGUGUAUGUAUGGGGGAGUAACAGCAGUCAUCAGCUAGCAGAAGGAAGCCAGGAAAAAAUCUUAACGCCAAAGAUGACCACUGUCUUUGCUGACUGUCAGCAGGUAGAGGCUGGUCAAUUCUGCUCAUUCCUCCUGCACCCAGAUGGAAGUGUGAGUGCUUGUGGAAAGGGAAGCUAUGGCCGCCUUGGACUAGGAGAUUCCAACAAUCAAACAAUGCCUAGAAAAUUAACAUUUGAUCCACCUGCAAUCAUAAAGAAAAUCUCCUCAUCCAAAGGCUCUGACGGACACACACUAGCUCUCACUACGGAGGGAGAGCUCUUCAGCUGGGGAGAUGGAGACUAUGGAAAGCUUGGUCUUGGUGGGAACCACACCCAGAAAAGUCCUAAACUAAUCCAAGGACCUUUAGCCCAAAAGGUGGUGAAGACAAUGUCAGCUGGUUACAGACAUAGUGCAGCAGUUACAGUUGAUGGUCAACUUUAUACAUGGGGAGAAGGAGAUUAUGGCAGACUAGGCCAUGGUGAUAAAGCUUCUAGAAAUGUACCCAAACAAGUCAAAGACAUAGGGCCAGUGGGACAAGUGGCAUGUGGAAGUUCUCACACACUUGCAGUAUCACAAGAUGGGAAAACUGUUUGGUCUUUUGGGGGUGGGGAUAAUGGUAAACUAGGUCAUGGAGAUAUGAAUCGACAGACUAAGCCUGCUGUGAUUGAAGCUUUUUGUGGCAUGUAUAUACGUAAAGUGGCUUGUAGCAGUCAGGCAUCGCUGGCUCUUACAUCUACUGGACAGGUGUAUGCAUGGGGGACAGGAUCAUGUCUUGGAUUUGGUCUGGCUGAUUUCACUGCUAUGACUCCAAAGUUGAUAGAAGACCUUCAAGGCACCAGAAUAAUGGACAUAACCUGUGGCGAUAGUCACUGUUUGGCUCUGUCCCAUGAUAAUGAAGUAUUUGCUUGGGGAAACAAUGCAAUGGGUCAGUGUGGACAGGGCCAUGCACAGAGUCCUGUAACAAGACCUCGAAAAGUUAUUGGCUUGGAAGGGGCUCACAUUCAGCAGAUCUCUGCUGGUACAUCUCACAGUGUGGCCACAACAGCUCUUCCAUAUGACAGACAAGUUAUUGCCUGGCACCGUCCUUUUUGUGUUGAUCUUCAAGAAUCAACAUUUACAGUACUAAGUAGUUUCCUUGAACAUUAUUGUGAUGGUUUUGACAAUGCAGAGCCUCCUUCACCUUUUGCCAAUAAACAGCAACAUCAACAGUUUGUCCUGUUGUGUUUGAAGUUAUUGUCCUCACAUCUGUCCUUGGCUCUGACUUGUGGCCUUGGCAGUGAGGUGUUGGGAAAUCAAACUAAACCACUUCGCAUCCUGCUCUUUAGACUAGUGGAUACCAACACCCCGGAGGAGAUACAAAAAACAGUGAUAGAUACUCUUUCAAUUGGAGCUUCUUUGUUACUGCCACCAUUGCGAGAGAGAAUGGAGCUCUUGCACUCACUGCUUCCUCAUGGACCUGACAGUUGGGAGUCUCUAACUAAAGGCCAACGAAUGCAGUUGAGUAUAAUACUGACUAGCCUGCAGGACAAUCAGCAUAUAGCUGCUUUAUUAAGCUUAUCUCACCAAAAGUUGGACAUUUCACCUGCCACAUCUGACACUGCAGGAACAGAGCUUUACUUGGCUGAACUUCUGAUGAAAACUAUUUUACGCAAUCUGGCUGCACAUACUGAAAGACUUUUGAAUGAGCUUAGCAAUCACAACACACACUUUUCUGAGAUUUGUGCAGAGUCAUCUCCGCCUGCUAAUCUCCAUUAUUUACUAUCCUCUCUACAAAAACAUCUCUUAGCUUAUUGCUACAACAAAUCAAUGACAGAUGCUAAGCUUCCACUGGUUGUUAAACAUCUUCACCAACAUCUUAUUUUGUUGCUGCCAGUCUGUGGUGACAUCAUCACCCACACUUGUAAUGUUAUCUCCAGGCUAAAUGGACAUGAAGACAUCAUUGAGCAAGUUGAAGAUGUUGUAUUACAGUCACCAGCAGGCAAGAUGUUAACCCAUGUACUAAAUGCUGUCCUAGUUCUGCCCUUACCUCUAGUCAUGCCAGUCUUGCAUCAUAUUUUAACAUUGCUGCCUCAGCUAGACAGACUUUGUAAACUCUUGCCAUCAGCCUCCUACUUGGAAGAGUCUGAGCUGGAAAUGAAAAAAGAUGAAAAUGAUGUGCCGGUCCAUCAGAAACCUUGGUCAUGGUUGAUUGACUUAGAGAGAACAUGUGGCCUUGUGGUAGGAAGCUGCAUUGGUGGCAUGCUUCAUGGACCCCCAUUGGCCCAGUGUGAAAUGAACUGUGAACAGUGGCUCAACUCAUUGCUCUUCAGCAACGGCCUACAAGCCACCAUACCUUUGAAGAAAAUUAGUUCCCUUAUUUGUGAGAUGAGUUUAGAAAGUUCAGAGUCCUUGUCAAGUCUAUGUAAAAACUCUAGUAUGGAUAGUGAAACUGGGUCUCUACUGGAUCUGGCUUUGGGAGUUCCAAAUGACACCAAUAACCUUCUUUUGACAAUGAUGCUGGAAUUCGCUCUUCAACAAGAUUUAAACACAUGUGAACUCAAAGAAGAAAGAUGGCUGGAAUUAGUUACCAGAUUUUUCUUGGCAGCAAUGCUGAGACACUGUCAUCUUUGGAAGCACAUUCAAGAGCAUGAUUGGCCUGUAAAACAGCUGGAAGCCAUUUUCUUGAUGGUUUACAAGGUUCGCUCUGUUCUUGUGUCCUUCCGUUCACGAAAUCAAGAAGAAGAUUCUGAUAAAACUCUUGUAGGCCAGCAUUCCACAGAAACCAAAUUAGAAGCGCCUCAUAAUGAUGCAAGAGAGGAAGAGCUGACCUCAGAAAGCCCUGAACAUUCCAGAGUAGAAAAUCUAGAAGAGACUGUGGACCAUGAUUCAGACCAUGAACACCAUGACACUGAUGCGGAUGAAGAACAACAGUCACCAUCCAGAGUGACUCCCCAGGAAAAAAAGAAUGAGUUUACUUAUGAAGAAAUGUGCUACAAAUAUUUAGAAAAAUGUCUAUUUUUGCUGCUGUGUGUAAGACCACCACUGUCAGGAGAUUCCAAUGAGUUUCUUCAAAACAGCACAAGAAAAACUCAGCAAAUUGAAGUUUCUGAUAUUUCGGAGAUGUCACCACGUCGCACCAUCACAAGACAAGGAAGCCUCCCAGAUAUUUCUUCUGAUAUUCAGGAUGAUCACACAGCAGGAUUCCGAGAUGGAAUAGGAACACCAACACUGAACUCACUUAACCCAAGACACCAACUUGGUCCAAACUUAAACUCUCUUCAAAAAGUUAAGGAAAUGUUGCGCAGGCUACGAUGGCGACAAGAGAGAAUAAAUGCAAUUGGUUCAGGUCAGGGAUGGAAUCGAAAUGAGCCCUGCAGCCUCCCAGAAAAUCGUAUAGUUACUGACUUGAUGCAGUUUGUUUGUGGGGAACAGAAAAACAAUUACAUAGAUAACUUGGAUGUAGAGGAGCUUAUCAAGGCAAUGGAAUUACAACAGGAGAGGGCAGAGUCACGCCUUUAUGCUUUGAAUCAAAUCAUUGAACUUCUAACAACUGGGAAAGAAAAAGAUGAUGAGCCCAAAACCAACAGUUCACCAAAUACAACACUGCUUAAUUCUGUACAUCUUCAACUUCUUGCUGGCUGCUUUGGCCUACUGGUGCUGAGGUCAGAGUACACAAGUGUCUCCAAUCAGCUCUAUCAUUACCAGGAUGGCAUCAAGGCAGCCUCAGCCCAGACGCAGCAAGAAAUUCAGUUAGUAGUGCAUCAGAUUUAUGAAGUGUUGGUAAUCUCAUUGAUUGACAUGAUGAAAAUGGACAACAUUGGACAAUUUACCAAGAAACAUUUGAUGCUGUCCUCAAUAUUAGCCUUGAGUGUGAAGUACAAACCAGUGGAUGUGUCUCUAACAGUGUCUUGUGGUCUGCCUCCAGUUCUGCUUGAGCUGUGUGGCUCCAACACAAUCAAUAGCUCUCACACACUUCCUCCAGUGACAAGUUUAUUGGAGCCCUCACAUUUGUCUACAAUACUGUCUGUAUCCAGCCUUAGACUUUUGCAGAUUAUUGCAGUCACUGUAGGGACAUUUGCUGAUCGAUUGAGUGGUGGUGUGGUACAGUCAGUCAUAGAGCUGCUCUGGAAACAGCUUGAUGAACUUCUUCAGCACAAGUCUAUUCCAUCGACAGAAGCUCAGUCCUUAACUGAUUUGAAACAAGUAAAUUUAUCAUCAGUGGCUGACUUGUUAGUGUUUUUACGUCAUGUGAUGGCAACUAAAGGAGCACAGAGGAGAUUGACAGAGUGGAGAUGGGUGAAAUGUUUGAUUCAUCUAGCUUGUGGACAAGAUGGAGAGGGCCACUUCUGUUUUGACAGCCUGCGUGUGCGUAUACUUGCUCUCCAGCUCUUGGGUACUGUGUUACCUGCCCUUGAUGCACAACAGGAUGCAGAGUACAAGACAAAGGUGGUGAACCUCCUUUUUUCAAAUUUGGCCAGUGUCAUGUGGAGCAUUCCAGUAACUAAAGCUAUUGCCAGUGCUGACAAGAAGAGAGCUCUUCUGACCAGCCAGUUAGAGGGAGCCAAGAGCAAGCAGCUGGGAGUUAACAGAUACGAGGGAAGUGUCCAGGCCAGUGGCCAUGGUGCACCUGUGCCAUACAUCAUCCCUCUACCUGGAGCAGCAUGUUCCACCCCAGACAUUGUUCUCAUUCAAAGUGCAGCAUUUGAUCCUGACCGCUGUGUUGCAUGCACAGUGGAGUCAGGUCAUACUUUAGUCCACGGAUCAGGAGGUAGAGGAUAUGGCUUAGGAAGUACCGUGAUGACCUCAGGCUGCUAUCAGUGGAAGUUCCUCAUAGUAAGAGAAAACAGAGGUAAUGAAGGGACUUGUGUCGGAGUGUCUAGAUGGCCAGUGCGAGAUUGUGGCCACCGUACUACAGGAGACAUGUGGCUGUAUCGAGCUUACAGCGGCAAUCUUUACCACAAUGGAGAAACCACUUCUCAACUUUCUAGCUUUACUCAGGGUGAUUACAUCACUGUUAUUCUAGAUAUGGAUGCUCGAACGCUGGCGUUUGCUAAAAAUGCUGAGGAACCAAAACUGGCUUUUGAAGAUGUUGAUGCCACAGAACUUUAUCCAUGUGUUACAUUUUACAGUAGCAGUCCAGGGGAAAAAGUAAAAAUAACUGACAUGCAUUUGAGAGAAAGCCCAAGGGAACUUUUGGCUGGUUCACCACUGUGUGCCCCAUCAGCUGCAGUCAUGUCUGAAGCCAUGAUUAGUCUAAUCCUCAGUCUCCAUGUAGAGCCUGUCUGGUCCUCAACCAUCAAUGAACACAUGUGUAGUCAGCUGGACACCCUACACACUUGGGUGGAAGAGAUGCAACAGCAGCGCCUUCAACAGCAAAGCAGCCUUGGUGGCACUACUGAAGAGAAGAAAGAGCCCAAAACCAAAGAUGCUGAGAAAGUGGAAGAAAAUUCAAAGGGAAGUCAUCCAGCAGAGGAAGAGAAAGUUAAAAAGUCCGAUGGAGAAAAAAGAAAGGAUCAUUUGAACAAAUUAAAACAUGAAAAGAAAUCAAACAGAGAUGGCCAUCUGACAUGUCCAGUUGAUGAUACCAAGCUAGAAAAUGCUUGUAACACUAUUUGGCCAUGUUUAGCUGUGAUUGCUGGAGUGGACCAUGGCCUGAGAAUCGGGGGAAGAUGCAUUCAUAAAACAACAGGCAAAAAGGGUAUUGUGUUGGGUCUUCCAAGAGAGGCUGCCAUCACUGCUAAAGUACAGUGGGAUGAAGGAGACAGCACAGUCAGUGAUACAGUCCUGUCAAACCUAGAACCCUUAGAAGGGCCAGGAUUUGAUAUGUCAUCACUUGUUGGAUUCCAGUCACAUCACCUUGAUUCUCUUGUCAAGUUAGCGUUCAUGAGAGAUUCUAGAAGUCGUGCAGACAGUACUGGAUCAUUCAGAACUACAGAGUUAGACAAAUUUAAAGAACGUGUAGAAACUGAAUCCUUGGCAGCAGCUGCUCGUCAGAGAACUAAAGAAAGGUGUGAGCUCUUGAUGAGAGAACUGGACAGGGAUAUAUCUGCCAUGUUGGAAGAAGAUCUCAGUACAGUAGACCACAAUGCUGACAAGAAAACUGCCACGGAAGAAGUCAGCAGACAAGGCAGCAAAGGUGCUGCCAUUUAUUCAGGAGAAAUUCAUGUGGCACCCCCUGAACAACCCAGGCUUGGGAUGAGGAGAGAGAUGAGAGCUGUUAGUGUUGAUUCUGCUGAUACUGUGGCUGAUACUUUGACACUGAAACUCAGGAAUCCCAUUAGCGCAUCAGAGAUGAAUCUCAAUUCUGAUCUUGACCGGCUAUCUCAAAUUGGCAGUCAAAAUUUAGCAGCCCAGCCUAAAACAGAGCUGAUUCACUCAGAGCAAGUUGAUUCUGAACAGGAUUCAUUCUCUAGAGAUUUCAGCACAACAGAUUUCCCUCUGGAGUGUACAGCUGAAUCUCCUGUGCACAACAGACUACCAGAAGAUAAAAAUACUACACAGGCUACAAAUGCCAAACCCAAUGCCACCCAAUCUACUGACAUAUCUCAUAUCACUCCCGAGAAGAUCAAUCGAGAAAGAGAAAUGCACAUUCUUAAAUUUGCAGCUCUUCAGCUGUCAGCAGUCAAAACUUUGUCUGUCUUGUCUUCAUGUGAAAAGUUCUUGGAGCUGCUGCUGGUCCCAAGGAAUACAUGUAAAGAGACAUCAAGUGACAAGCUGUAUCUUGACUCUCUUUCUGGCAACAAGGAUGAGUCCAUGAAAGUCUCCAUGAGACAAAUGAUGAAACUGUUUGUAGCUCGAUCAACUUACCCUUCACCAUUCAAAAGAGCUGUACCGCUGACUGAAAUAGAAAGAGCCUUUAGUGUGAUCCAUAAUUCUAUUAUUCAACACAUAACUGAAGAUAGGCUAGGAGUGACCUCUCUUGAAGACAAUGUAACAAAACUAGCAGCAACCUCUAAAAAAGGACUAGAUCUGCAUCUGAAUGACAUUCCAUCCUCUGUUCCUAAAAAGAUGCAACUAAGUGACACACACAUGCCUGGCAUGGCUUCAUCCGCAGAUGGAACUGACGGCACGUCCACAUUUGGUACAGGACAUCAGACAUCCAUACUUCAAUAUAUGCGGACCAGCUCAAGUGCUGAAGACAUGCGGGGGUUUACGAGGCGCAUGUUUAAUGCGCUGAAGCCAAGUGGCGUACCAGUUAUCUGUACCUCCACACCUACCCCAGCUCGCAGACCCCAACCCCCAAAUCCCAUCAGAUCUCGCUCUCCUUCUCCUCCGCCUCCACCUAUCGUCACCCCUUUGCUGGAGAUGGGUUUUGGACUUCAGCAUAUCAAGCAAGCCCUUGCAGCCACAGGUGUUACCGGACGUGAUGUAUCAGCCAGAUCCACUAAUCUUCUUGCCACAUGGAUGCUGGAGCAUCCCAUGGAAGCAGAGCCAGAAGACACAGACAUUCAGGAGGGUGAGGUUGGCAUCAGAGAAAGUAUGCCCCCAUUUACUAUGUUACCAGAUGAUAUUGGCAUGCCUCCUUUAACAACAGAAAGAGAAAUGGCUAUUGAAGCUCUGUCUGAGCGUAUAGACAGCAUGAUGCUUAGUGAAGAUUCUGAUGAAGAAACUGAAGAAUAUGAUGAGCUUCCAAGACCCAGUCUGUCUAGACGACCCAGGCGUCUUACUCGUGGAAGACAUGUGGAUAUACGGAGCUUUUUAUCUGCAGCUGCCAGAGAAAGAAGAAACAAUCGACCUGAGCGACGCCAGGAAGUGGGAGAAGCAAGACCCAUGUUUGACAUUUAUGAUGACUUUGACCUUCAGGAUGAUUUCUUUUCGGAAGAUGGCUUAGAUUUUGAUGACCCAUUGUGUUUAGAAACUGCUAGAGAUGCUGCCAAGGUCAUGUCUGUCAUUCGCUGGAGACUGGAGCAAAAUAAUAUUGUCAAGUGUGAAAUUUGCAAUAUGGAAGUUAAUGACUUUAAUCACCAUAUGAGGAGCACACAUCCAGGAUGUGGCAAUAGCAGCCGUGGCUUUGGGUAUCGCAGUUUAGGUUUUUAUGAUGGUGGCUGGUUUGAUGGAGCUUGUGGUACAGGAAAUCCAUUCUAUUUGAUGUGUCAAUCUUGUCGGGAAAACUCUAUUCAGGCCAAUCAAGAACAGCGCUCAGCAAGAAGCAUUGCUGUCACCGGUGCUAACAUCUCUUCUGACAGACUGACUCAGUCACAAGUUUCUGGAUCAGCUGCUCCUGACUUCAUUGGUGCUUCAGAGAACAAGGCAGAAGAUGAAGUGCCUCUGGCUUUGGAAGAUCAGCAAUCUGUUUUCAUUCUUGAUCAUCAAAAAUUACUUCCACGUUUAGGGCUCACUGACAGCAAACCCAUACCUGAUCCAGUCCGGUUCACAGAGUUAGAUCCUCUGGGCUCUUGUAUUAUUGUAACUACACCAGCUGAAAAUACAUCAGUCCACACAUCCAACUCACUUGCUGGUGCCACUUCUUCCUUGGGUAGUCGAUCUAAUCCUGAUAUUGCAUGUCUACCCUCCAUGUCUGGAAUGUACCUGAUGGGUGUUACUCCUGGGGCUAUGCCCAAGAAUGUCAAAUGUGAAGUGAAACAGAAAAGCCUGGGUGAACAGGCUGCACAUCUCAUUAAGAUGGCAGAUAAGGUACUUGCUUUAAAAAGCUCUGUAAGUGCUGCACAGACUUUAGUGGCCAGAGCAGUCAGCAUGAAAAUUUUAUCCUUUUUAGCUCAAUGUGGACAAGCUUGCAGCUUAUCAGGUGCCCUUGAACAAAUAGGGCUGGCAGACAUCAUGCAGAUAGUCAGGUUGAUGUCACUUUGUGCUGCUGGCAAAAUGGAACUGUUAAACAAAGCCUCCAGAGCUGAGGACUCCACUAAACAUUUGAACUAUCUGACUGCAGCCAUAGGAGCACUGAUAGAAGAUAACCCAUCAGCAUUAAAACAGUUGAUUCAGCUCUGUACUCAUGAAUUGAUGAUGGCGUCAAUGGGAAUAAAUGCUGGAAGUCUAGAAGAUCACAGCUCUCAACGCUUGCUGCCAGCUCCAUCUACUGGGGAAUCAACCGCCUUUGCUGUUACACAAGCUUUGGUUUCACUUCUGGCACAGAAAGGCUGGAACUACAAAUUACUUCAAGCACAGCUAUCCGCUGAAAAAGAGUCACCAUCCAAUGAACUCAGUAAAUGCUCUCACCUUCAAAUGUUAAAUGCUCUAUCAGCCUGUGUUAUCUCUGCACGAAUGCCCCCUCAGCACAGACAAUGGUCCACUAAACAGCUAGUUAGAGCCUUGUCAGCAUAUGGUCAGCAAGUGAUCUCAGGUUCAGACAAUCAAGUAGAUUUAGGUGGAGAUAUGCCACAGUGUCCCAUUAUCAAGCUAGAAGGUCAUCAAAACAGACUUAAUGGAUGUUGGUGGAAUGCUCGUAAAAGUUAUUUGGCUUCUAGUGGCUAUGAUGGUACUGUUAGAAUUUGGAGCCUUCCUAACAAGACCCAUCAAUUUCUGCAACAGACUUGUAUUUUCAACCGAGGCCAGGAGGCAAGCUUGGAGGAACUAGAUGGGAAUCAGAUCAACUUAGUGUGUUGGAGCAGUACUGGCAAGCUUUUGGCUGGGUGUAUGGAGAAUCUUGUUAAUAUUUGGAUGAUUGGAGGUGGAAGAGGCUAUUUAAUUGAGCAGCCUCAAUGGGUGACUGCCCUUUCAUGGCCUGGAACUAAAGGCAUGUUUGAAGGUCGUGUGGGGCUAGUUGGUGAUUCAUUAUUGGUUGGUCGCCUAGAUGGCACUGUGGGACUCAUUGACAUGGUGGACAGCAGUACUUACCUCAAUUUUGAACUGGAACAUUGUAAGAGAAGAAAUGUGUCUGUAACAUGCAUUGUCUGGUAUGAAGAAGACAAAAGAUUCGCUGUUGGCUUCAGUGAUGGUGUCAUAUCACUGUGUAGUAGGCAAGAGUUUGAACAACCAAUCAAUAUUGAUGCUCAUAAAAAGUCAAUCUAUGCCCUGAGUUGGGACCCUACUGGAUGUCUGCUGGCCAGCCAGGCUGUUGGGGAUGAAGAGUUGCAUGUUUGGAUGGUAGCUAAUGAUGAAGGGUUUACUUCCUGGGCACAUUUUCUGCAUAGUGCUGCCGUGACAGACAUGAGGUGGUGCAACCUGAUGGGAAUAGGUUCAAACAAAAGACUGAUGCUGGCUAGCGGAUGUGAGGAUGGCUUAAUUUACCUUUGGACUGUACAACAAUUCAAUACUUCAACCUCCACGUGCCAUUCAGCCUGGGGUAAUAUGGAGACCACAUCACAAGGAGAAGAUGAGCCUCAGAGCAGUUACAUGCAGCCAAAGGGUAGCAGGCUACGAAAGAAAGCUGAUGUCACAUUGUGUGGUCAUAUUGCUCCAAUAUCUGCUCUGGCUUUCAGUCCAGAUGGCUUAAUGUUGGCUAGUGGAUGCUCAAAGGGCUGGCUAAAUAUCUGGUCUAUUCAGGACAAGUGUCUCUUACAAACCUACACUGGAACUGGAACAGUUAAAGGCUUGGAGUGGUUUGUGGAUCGCAGUAUUGCUGCAUGCUUCAGUAGAUGCAAGGAUGUUGUCAUCUUAAACUACAGCACAGAACAUUUUUACACUAACCGGGUCACUGCCUUGGCUAGGAAGUCAUUGAAACAACAAGCCAUCAUGGGACUGAGUCAAGCUAAGUGUUUCUUGAGCCUGCUACAAAAGUUACCAUCCAUGCUUCAGGAGCAGUACCAGCAUGAGAAGGCUCAAGUAAUAGCAGGGGAUCAACUUCAACAUAGCCAAUACCUGCAGUGUCUUACCUCCAUGGCUGUCAGUCUCCAACUGGAUACUGCUCUCUGUUUCUCCCCUGUACCAUUACAUCACAGAACUCCAGAAUCAGAUGUAGAACACCUUGUCAAAGAGUGGCAAUGGCUUCUGACCUAUGCUUGUACCAUCAAGUCAGCUGAUGCUCUAUUACACAGACAAACUUUUCCACCAACCUUUAAACUUUUAAACAAAGAAAGAAUCAAACCUGACGGUGAUGCCCUUGCUUAUGACAACAAACAGUGGGACUUGACAUCUGAUAGUCAAAUAAUGUCAUGGGCUACACAACAACCUGAAGACUGGCAGACAGGCGGAAGAUGCCAGUCCUUCAUGUGGGGUAGUGGAAGGCAUGGCCAGAUAUGUGAAGGUGGAAGAGUUGCUCUGACUCCAGUCAAGAUACCGUCACUCUCCAAUGCCCAGCAGAUUGUUUGUGGUCAGAACUGUACAUUUAUUAUCAUGUCCAAUGGCUCAUUAAUGUCUUGUGGAGAAGGGAGUUACGGCAGACUAGGUCAGGGAAAUUCAGAUGACAUUCAUACUCCAACCGCCAUUUCAGCACUUCAGGGUUUUAUUGUAGUUCAAGUGGCUACUUCAGCAGGCUCAGAUGGACACAGUAUGGCUUUGACUGAAAGUGGGGAAGUAUUCAGCUGGGGGGAUGGAGACUACGGCAAACUUGGACACAACAACAGUGAGAGACAUAAGAGGCCAAAGCAGAUUGAGGCUAUUCAGGGGGAGGAAGUUAUUCAGGUAUCUUGUGGAUUCAAGCACAGUGCUGUAGUCACAUCUGAUGGCAAGCUAUUCACUUUCGGAAAUGGCGACUACGGAAGACUGGGUCAUGGCUCCACAGCUAACAAAAAAGUUCCAGAGCGAGUCAUGUCAUUAGAAGCCUUUCAGAUUGGAAUGGUGGCCUGUGGUCUGAAUCACACACUGUGUAUGUCAGCAGAUGGAGGCAUUGUAUGGGCUUUUGGUGAUGGAGAUUAUGGGAAGUUGGGUCUGGGCAACAGCUCUCCCAAGUCAGUGCCAACCAAAAUUGAACUUUUGAAGGACUUCAUCAUUAAGAAAAUUGCUUGCGGGACCCAGUUCUCUGUUGCGCUGACCACAGAUGGACAUGUUUAUACUUGGGGGCAGGAUCGCAUGAUAGGCCAAGGAGAAACUCAGUGUGUUAGCCACUGUAAACCAGAGCAAGUUAUGCCAUUAGCUGGACACUUUAUAGAUGACAUUGCAGCUGGAGCAGAACACACUCUGGCUCUAGCAUGCACUGGCCAGGUUUGGGGGUGGGGUAUCAACACUGACGGACAACUUGGACUGGGUCACACCAACUCCCCAGUCAAGGAACCAACACUUCUUCCACAACUUUUGGAUCAAAAUAUUAAACAAAUUUCAGCGGGAAGGAGUCAUUGUGCUGCCUGGUCUUUCCCGCCACCUCCCAAGCGUGUCCCUGGAGUUCCAGCUCCGUUACUGCUGGGUCUGCCUGAGACUGUACCCCCCCAGUACACAGCACUCCAGUAUGUUCCCAUAGAGGCCAUCAGAAAUAGGCUCAUUGUGCUUCACCAUUUUAGUGAUCUCGUCUAUUCAUCUUGGAGGUUACUUAACUUGAUACCCAAGUCUGAUUAUAACUCUGGUGAAUCUGAAGUCCCUGGAAUCUGUGAAGGUCCACUACGGCCUCUGUUAUCCCCUCGGGUCUACACAUUACCUAUGGUGAGAGCCAUCAGUAAAACUAUGAUACAAAGUAAGAACUGUGGCCCACAGAUCACAGUCAAACGUCUCUCUACCAGAGGUAAAAAAUGUCGACCAGUUUACACUCAAAUAGCACAACAGGUUGUCAAACUGAAACCUGAAGAUCUGCGACUCCCUGCCAGGGCCUGGAAAGUGAAGCUCAUUGGUGAAGGUGCUGAUGAUGCUGGAGGAGUUUUUGAUGACACUAUAACAGAAAUGUGUUUGGAACUAGAGUCUGGAGCUGUACCUUUACUCAUACCAACACCAAACGCUAAAAAUGAUUCAGGAAACAACCUUGAUAGAUAUUUACUAAAUCCAUCAUUGUCCGUGGAGGAGAAUGCUGCAUUGUUUAAAUUUCUGGGCAUACUGUUUGGUGUUGCUAUCAGAACAAAAAAGCCUUUAGAUCUGCAUUUAGCACCCUGCAUAUGGAAACUUGUUGCUGGCAUGUCUUUGAAAGUUGAGGAUUUAGAGGAAGUAGACCAUUUGUACAUACAGAGUCUGAAAGGAAUUAAAGAUAUCCAUGAAAGUGGCGUCAAUGAGUUCAAUUUCCACGAGUUCAUACCUAUAGAGACAUUUGAAGGCAGAAGUUCCAGUGGUCACAUUGUUCCAGUAGUAGUAGGUGGUCAAACACUUCCUGUACAUUUCCACAAUCGUCAUGAGUAUGUUGAGUGUGUCUUACAGUAUAGACUACAUGAAUGGGACAAACAGGUUCAGUUAAUUAGAGAAGGAAUGGCUGGUAUUAUACCUGUACCACUUUUGACUCUUUUGACUGCUUCUGCAUUGGAGAAAUUAGUUUGUGGCACUGAUGAGGUCAACAUUGAAGUAUUGCAGAAAGUUGUAAGAUAUAGAGGCAUUGAUGAGAACCAUGUCCUGGUCAGAUGGUUUUGGGCAGUAUUGGAGAGUUUCACCAAUGAAGAGCGCAUCCAAUUUUUGAGAUUUAUUUCUGGGAGAACCAGGUUGCCAAGCAACCCUGCAGAUAUUACUCAGAGAUUCCAGAUCAUGACAUCUGACAGAGGUAGAGACAGCUUGCCUACAUCGCAAACUUGCUUUUUUCAGCUGCGACUCCCAGCUUACAGCAGCCAAGCAGCCAUGGCCAGCAAGCUGCGCUAUGCUAUCAACCACUGUCGUUCCAUCGAUAUGGACAAUUACAUGUUAGUCCGUAAUACAGAGACCAGUCAAGACUCAGAUGAUGAUGUUGUGUAGAACUAGAAGUCUGAAUUCCAGAUCCCUGUCCAGUCCUUAAACCUAAUCUUGUGAUUCAUGUUUGGGAAGAAAUAGUUCCUGAAAUAUGUCUGUGUAUCUAUACUCUGUUAACUUAUUAAUUAUAAUUGUUUUCCCACUUUUUGAAAUGAUGGAGGAAGAGAUGAACACAUUGUAAAUUCAUUUUUAUUUUGUGCAUUAUUUGUUCCAUUUCUAAUAGAAUAAAUAAAUCCACAUUUUGAUAUCUCUAUGAAAUGCUCAUUUACUGCGAUAUAGAAAUGUUUUUUUUCUGAAUGAUACUUUUUUCUUUGUCAAUCCACUUUUUACUUUCAGCUUACAAGUCUCUGAAGGUUGUACUCAUUUCAUUCUAAGAAUGGCAAUGUUUCAUUUAGUUUCUACAUGUUUGUAGCAAAAUAUUGUCAGCUAACAUCUAGACCUUAAUAAAUUUAUGAUCAGCCUUACCAGGGCUCAUUCCCUCUUUACUGUAAUGCUGUUUAGUUCCAAAGGACCAUAAUUAUCAUGACUUCAUUACUAGAGCAUUUUUCAAGCCCUGGUUCUAUUGUACACUUUUAAACACAUUUAAAUAACUCUUUGAUAAUGUAGUUUUAUUGUUCAUAACAAUUUCAUUCAUUCUUGUGACUCUAAAACCUCUGGAAAUAUGCCCAACGCUCUUUGUCAUAAGAUCUUUGUGAUAGAUGCUUAAAUUGUAUUCUAUAAAUGUAUUUUUUUUUUACAUUACAGAUCCAUCCAAGCCUCUAGGUCUUUCCUUUAUUUUCUUCUUAGUUUGUAGUGCACCACUUUACUCCAAUCCUUAAUUUCUCAAGAAAAUGGCAUCUAUUUAUAUAUAACACAGUGAAGUGUAAAGGUUUGUGAGAAGUUAAGAAACUGUAAAUGUAUGUGAGAAAACAAUUUGUGUGAAAGAUAUUAACAUUCCCCACACACACACACACACACCUUAUCUAGCUGUAGGAAAUGAAAUACAAAUGAGUAAACAAAUAACCUUGAUGUUAGUUUCAACCAUGUGUAUUACAACAGGUAAUGUUUGUAGUUCACUCUGUUAAAUAAUUCAUUGUUUUGAUGACUUUUAGCUACUACACUUAUACACUACCAUGAGUAUUCUUUUAAAACUGUUGCUUUGCACUUUCGUUGUUUUAACAGUCGCAUGUUGUUAUUGGAGUUUUAAGUAAUCAAAUGAAAAUGAAACUUAUUACAAAACUGUGAAAAAUGGAAUAUAUCUCUAGUGUUUCAUAGCAAAGUCUCAAAUUAAAAAUGAAUAUAAGUA